UUUACUUUUGAUGGCUGACAUAUGUGUCACCGGUAUUUGCCACGCAUGUACUCAAGAGCUUGUUAAAAGUUUUCCAUCUUUUGAUAGUUUGCAGAAAUAUUGGAAAAAUGACGGCACUGAAAGUAUUGUUUAAGUUUUGGUCAGAGUACGCAAAGAACACAUCUAAGAAACUGAAAAUCAUCGAUGCCUAUUUACUAUAUGUGUUCCUGACGGGUAUUAUACAAUUCGUAUAUUGUUGUCUCGUUGGCACAUUCCCGUUCAACAGUUUCCUCAGCGGCUUUAUAUCCUGUGUAUCUUGCUUCAUUCUAGGAGUUUGCCUUCGAUUGCAAGUUAAUCCACAGAAUAAAAAUCAAUUUCAUGGCAUAAGUCCGGAAAGAGGAUUCGCAGAUUUCAUUUUUGCACAUAUUAUAUUACAUAUUGUUAUAAUGAAUUUCAUUGGAUAAAAUUUAUACAAACUAUGCAGUAUGAUUAAAAUUACAAUGCAUUAAGUGCAAUCGUUACAAGAUGAGUUAUUUUGGAUGUAUACAUAUGUUUUUGUACUUGUGAAUCAGUCACAGCUCAUAAUUAAUUAAUAAAUAACUUCAAUAUAAA